AUCUUCGUCUUCUGGGCACGUCAGCUGAGCUGGUUAGAGCUGAAGAGGACCGUUGCGCAAGCGCACCCAAGACGGUCACAGGUAACUCCCAUCUGACGGGAGAGGCGUAGCCGUCGUCGCCGGAAGUUUGGUGUUUGCGCCGCGGGGAGGCGGCGACCGCGGCAGAAGCAGCUGAGUGUCUCCGGAUACCCGGAUGUGAGGCGAUCUUUUGGCACCAGUCGGACCCGCGGCCAGGCAAAAGGUUGUGAAAAGCAAAGAAGAAUAUGUGAGAUAUUGUAUGUGGACCAUUACAGCCUAAUAUUCUUGCUAUCUGGCCCUUCACAGCAAGAGAAUAUCAGGAAAUAAUUGGAAACAUCAUUUAGAGGCAUCAUCACUCAACUUAAAAAGGUGAUAUAUGAUUUUCUUUUCAUUACGGUGCUGUGUAAUGUUUUAAGAGCAGGUUAUAAGGAAUGGUUUUAUCAGAUUUUCAUGAGUUAUGGUGGCUGAAACAUCAGUUCUAUCUUGUUGGAAAAGAACUAAAUGGCAGCACAAAAGGAUAUCUAUAUUAAUAGAGUAUUUUGUUAAACAAAGGAGGUUAAAUAAGAACUGCAAACCAACAGACUCAGCAAACAAGAAAAGAAACGUGUUAGCCAUAAGACAUGUUUCAAAUGAAUCAAAGUCCAGUAACUGUAGAUUUCAGAAGAAGAAAGUUUUCAAAACUUUUGUCAAAACAGACAGGUUACUGGUAAAUAACUCCUCCAGUUAGUAGGGCUAGACCUGAAAGCAAAAUUAAUUGCAAAUUAGCAAAACAAAUUGAACAUGAAUUAAGUUUCUUUUCAUCAAAAAAGUAUGAAAAUAUAAAAUUAGAAUUAAAUUUUCUUCAAAUUUUUAUUGCCUUGUCCAGUGUAAAGGAAAUAUCAGCACUCAUGCCAGCUUUCUUGUGUCCUAGGAAUGACAGAAACCUUGCUUGAAGCAGACUAGUAUUUUUGUUGAAAAUGUAUAUUAGCAUCAGUUAAAGUUGAUUUUUUUAAGACCUGCUCCUCAGUAAUAAUACUAGAUAUUCAGCAUUUUGCACCAACCAGGACACAAAAAUCCUCUUAAAAACUACUCAGAAAAGGAAGACUCAGGAAUGAUGUCCAUUCAGGAGAAAUCAAAAGAAAAUUCCUCCAAAGCUAUUAAAGAAAGUGAAGAUAAGAAUUUGAAAAUAGAAAUUCAAGGUUCUCAAAACAAUCUAACAAAACAGUCAAGUUCAAAGGAAGUUGUAAAGUCACUGGUUAAAUCUUCCACCAGAAGUAAAUUAAAUCAGCCUGAAUUGGGAACUCGCAUGAGUACAAGGUCAGCAAAGGCAGCCUCCAAUGAUAGAAAAGCUGCCAAAUCCUUCAAUAAAAGUAUGUUAACUGUGAAGGGGCAGUCACAAGAAUCGACCAAAAAAAAGAAAUUAUGUCAGAAAAAAUUAGCACAUGAAACACUUAAAGCAAAUGAGCAGCUUAACCGGAGAUCACAAAGACUACAACAGUUAACAGAGUGUUCAACAAGGUCUUUGCGUAGUAGAGAAAUUCAGGGUGGAAUUCAAGCAGUUAAACAAAGUUUGCCACCAAGAAAAGAGCACUGUAACAAUAUUCAAAGUAAACCUAAUAAAUUUAAAACAAGUCAAAAGCAUGUGAAAAGAAAAGUACUGGAAAUAAAGUCUGAUUGUAAAGAGGAUGCAAAUUCAGUGGUGAAUGAAGUAAUAAAUUCCCCAAAAGGAAAAAAACGCAAAGUAGAGCAUCAGACUACUUGUAGUUCACAGUGCAUACAAGGAUCUGAAAAGUGUCUUCAGAAGUCUACUAGAAAAGAAGAAAUAAAACCUGUGCCUGUAACUUCUGAGACAAAAAGAUCAAAAGUGGCUGCUUCUGAGGUCUGUAAAAAGAAUGAAAUGAAGAAGUCAGUUCAUACACAAGUGAAUACUAGCACAAAAUCCCAAAAAUGUCUACAGCCAUUAGUGCCUGAACAAAGUGUAGAUAAUGAGUUGGAACAAGCAGGAAAGAGCAAACGAGGUAGCAUUCUCCAGCUCUGUGAAGAAAUUGCUGGUGAAAUUGAAUCAGAUACUGUAGAGGUAAAAAAGGAAUCUUCACAAAUGGAAAAUAUAAAGGAGGAGAAGCCUACAGAAGUAAAAUUGGAAGAAACUAAUGUUGAAAGACAAAUACUUCAUCAGAAGGAAACAAAUCAGGAUGUGCAGUGUAAUCGUUUCUUUCCCAGUAGAAAAACAAAGCCUGUGAAAUGUAUACUAAAUGGAAUAAACAGCUCAACUAAGAAGAACUCCAACUGGACUAAAAUUAAACUCUCAAAAUUUAACUCUGUACAGCAAAAUAAGUUGGACUCUCAAGUUUCCCCUAAAUUGGGCUUAUUACAAACCAGUUUUUCACCACCAGUUUUAGAAAUGCAUCAUGCAGUGACUCAGAGUGCAUUUUUAGGGACAAAGCCACAUGAUAAAAAUGUAACUUGUGGACAGGAAAAAAUGAAAGAAAUUAAAUCUGAAGAAGUUAAAAUUAUUGAUACUACAGGUGAAAUUAAUAAAACAACAAAAAGGGCUACUGAAAAUUGUCAGUUGGAUAAUCAGAUAAAAUCUCCUGACCCACAGUUGGAUAAUCAGAUGAAACCUUCUUUGGAGUCAACACCAGAUAAGAAUUUCAGCUUAUGUGUGGAAUCCAAACUGGAAAACAGUCCAGUAGAAAACACCACUGCUGUUUCAGCUCUGCUCAGUCAAGCAAAAAUUGAUGCAGGAGAGAGUAAAUUUCCAGGCUCAGCUCCCAAACAGCACAGUAUACUCAAUAAUCAAACAUCUAGGAACAGUGAUAACAGGGAGAUGCCACCAAACCAUUCUUGGCUUAAGUGUAAUUCCCAUUUGGAGAUAACAAUUCCAAAAGACUUGAAACUUAAAGAAGCAGAAAAAGCUGAUGAAAAACAGUUGAUUAUAGACGCAGGACAAAAAAGAUUUGGAGCAGUGUCCUGUAAUGUUUGUGGAAUGCUUUACACAGCUUCAAAUCCAGAAGAUGAAACUCAGCAUCUGCUUUUCCACAACCAGUUUAUAAGUGCUGUAAAAUAUGUGGGCUGGAAGAAAGAAAGAAUUCUGGCUGAAUACCCUGAUGGCAGGAUAAUAAUGGUUCUUCCUGAAGACCCAAAGUAUGCCCUGAAAAAGGUUGACGAGAUUAGAGAAAUGGUUGAUAAUGACUUAGGUUUCCAACAGGCUCCACUAAUGUGCUAUUCCAGAACUAAAACACUUCUCUUUAUUUCUAAUGAUAAAAAAGUGGUUGGCUGCCUAAUUGCAGAACAUAUUCAGUGGGGCUACAGAGUUAUAGAAGAGAAACUUCCAGUUACCAGGUCAGAAGAAGAAAAAGUCAGAUUUGAAAGGCAAAAAGCCUGGUGCUGCUCAACAUUGCCAGAGCCUGCAAUAUGUGGGAUCAGUCGAAUAUGGGUAUUCAGCAUGAUGCGUCGGAAGAAAAUAGCUUCUCGCAUGAUUGAAUGCCUGAGGAGUAACUUUAUAUAUGGCUCAUAUUUGAGCAAAGAAGAAAUUGCUUUCUCAGAUCCCACUCCUGAUGGAAAAUUGUUUGCAACACAGUACUGUGGCACUGGUCAAUUUCUGGUAUAUAAUUUUAUUAAUGGACAGAAUACCACUUAAACAAAUCUUGCCUUCAGUGCUAGAAGACAUCUGUUGAAGAGAAUGGAUUGGUUGCUGACUUUAACCAGGAACUAGGGCCAUUUUUAUUACAAUGAACUCAGGACUGGCAACAACCACUUGGUUGUUCCAUUUUCAUAAAAUUGGAAACAAUGCAGUAAUAGCUUAUUAUUGUUUUGUUUUUUAAAGAAGAUAUUUUAUUAUCUUUUACAGAAAUUUAUGAUUGAUGUAUUUUAUCUAUAGUUAUUUAGACAUGUUUACAUGCAGCAGAUAAUUGUUCAUAGUGGACUGAAAACUAAUGCAAGGACUAUGGUCUCAGUGAUAAGUAUAUUUUGAAGUUCUUAAUAUGGAAAUAUACCAGUGUAGCUUGGUACUGUAUUUUUUUAUACUGAUCUGCUGAUACCAGUUAUAGGUUUAAAGAUUGUAUUUUCGCAGAGUGGAAACCAGUGUUUUUGAGUGAUUCAAGGAGGUUUCAGUAUUAUGUGUUUAGAAAUUUGACGCUAAUUCUUAAAAGGCCUCAUAUAUACUUUGAAGAAAUCCCUAAAGGAAAAGAAAGUUCCAAAUAAGCAGAGAGAAUUUGGAAUAGUGAACUUUUCCUUCCAUUUCUCUCUCCUAUCCUUGAUGGCUCAAAUUGUAAGAGGGUAAAAUUUGAGGUUUUCCUUCUUUUUAGAGCUACAAAUGGCUAGAAUUAUGAAGGGUACCUUCUAAGUUCAUUAUUUCAUUUUGAGUGUACCUUUUUUUUAUGGCAACUUUUGCCAAAACUGGGCUGUUAACACUCAAAAAGGUUUAUAAAAAUAUGGAAUAGUUGUAAGCUAAAUAUGGAUGACUUGGUAUCUGCUGUGUUAUUCCUCAAAAAUACUGCACUGAGUAUAUGCCCUCGUUACUGGACUUCAUUUUGAUACUUGUCUAUCCUUCAUAGUGCCCUCUACUUUUAAAGGGUUUAUAUGUUGAAAAACUGCUGUGGCCUUUUAUGAUCUGUAUAUAAUGUAGAAUAAAAUAAUAAAAUACUUGCUAGUC